AAGCGAUCUGAUUGGUUGCUAUGGGCAACUCAGCAUCUUUUCCUCUGGACAGGUUUUGAUAAAUCUCCCUCAGUCACCAGGUAUAUUCUCGCUCCUCUGUGGCCAUUAUAAAUAGUGAGAAUCGCUCACUCAUUAUACUGGAUUUCCUGCAUAUCUUGUGUUGUACAAAUAAAGUUUAUUAUAAAAUGAAACUUGUCUAAUUGGCUCUCACUCCCCGCCGGCCCCGCCCACAAGGCGUGAUUGGCUGGCUCCUCGUGUGGGCGUUCCCCUUCCUCUGGAUGGCUCAGUGUGUCCGGGGCUGGGGCGGCAGACGGAGGGGGCUGCGCGUCUCCUAUCACUCCUCUGGUGCGGGUUACUUGGCGACCGAGAACCGGAAGCUGUGGCCACUCCCAACCACGUCCGCAUCUGCCUGGGACCCAACCUGAAGGCAGCGGCUCCUGCGUACGUCCGGCUCAGGUUUGGUAGCCUGGUAAAGACUUAACUGAGGACCACAGCAAACGUCUCCUAAUAGACAGCUAAUGUCAGAACAAACCUAAAAGACUAGAUGUUUCAUAUGAAGCGGAUUCCUAUCGAUUUGAUUCUCAAACUCUAAAACUGAGAGGCAGCAAAUAUGUCCACGAAAGCUCCAAUCUACCUGAAGAGGGGAUCCCGUAAAGGAAAGCUUCGGGAUGUCUUGUCUCCUGACAUGAUAAGCCCUCCGCUCGGAGACUUCAGACACACCAUACAUAUCGGCAGCGGAGAAGGAGAUGUUUUUGGAGACAUUUCUUUUCUGCAGGGCAAAUUCCACCUUCUCCCUCGACUGAAUAGCUCUUCUACAUCUUCGUCCCCCGAUGCCACUCCGCCUCUGUCACAUUCAGAGCUGCCAUCACCUGUCUUAAAGAAUGCCAUCUCCCUCCCUACAAUAGGUGAGCCACAAGCGCUCUCUUUGCUUCAGGCCCCUCCACCUAAACCCCCUCGGCUUCACCUGGAUGACAAGAGUAAAAGCCCUGUAAAGGAAAUAGCCAAACCCUUCCAAGUGAUCGAUAAUGGCUUUUCAUCAGAGGCAAAAGAAGAAAGGUUCCUUGCUCACGCCGGAUCUCUUCUUUCCCUCCAUGUAGAUUUGGGACCUUCUAUCAUGGAUGAUGUUUUACAGAUUAUGAACAAAGAGUAGACAUCUCAGCCCUAUUGGGAUCAAAGGACCAAAGUUCUCAGACUAUUCUUAUGUAUUUUACACUACAAAGAUUUUAGGAGUUUACUCUAUGGGCAGUGGCCUUAAAUGAUUCCAUGCUGCCUUCAUAUAGUCUCUAUAUGCUUUAUAACGUUCAGAAGAUACUUUGGGGUCUGUACUGGAAAUGAACAAUCUGGAUUGUGUUUGCAUAACUCCAUGAAGCCAAAGCAUCUCCACUUGUAAAAGUGCCCUUCACAAAGACUAUUAGUGCCUUCUUGCCAGGAAAUGAUAAAUUACACUUUAUUUUUUCCUUUUUAUGUUUAAAUUUAUAAGGUUCUAAAGAUGCAAUACAGAAUAUUAUUUUCGA